AUUUAGAAACUGGAAAAAAGAGGAAUACGAGGGAGCCAACCCCUUUCUCCAAAAGACACAAACAUUAUCCUAUCCAGAAUCUGCUUGUCCCAUAAUCUGACACACUUUUUCUGGCUGCCAUUCUUUUGCCAAUUUCAUGGAUGACAUUCAAAAUCCUCUCCAAUCAACUCUACUCAAGCUGCUUCCUUCCUCGACGAACAUAACUACUGCUAUUACUCAAAUGUUUUUCCCCUUUCUGGAUUUCCCUUACUCGAAUGUUUUUGUUACUUUGUAGCCUGUUUGAUCGAUACUCAUCUCCUUUGAUCCGUCAUAGAUCAGAAGCCUUACACUUUCACAGGGUCAUUUUCUCUCACUUUUCGUCUUAUGUUUUUCCCAACUAGAUGAUAGUUUCGUGAAUGAAAUGCUGGGUUCGCCUGUCAUUCCUUUCUUAACUGUGCUUCGCCGAUAAUAACAAUCCAGAUUGGUAUUGUCAUGGUGUGGAUGACAGGAUGACUAGGACAUCGGUCCUUAACCAAAUUCAUCUAUUGUUGCCACCAAAAGAUUCAUCAAAAAGUACAGAAUUCAACUUGAGAUUGAGGGACCAAGAUUGCUUGUCCCUAUUGAAGAGAUGCAAAAGUAUGGAAGAAUUCAAACAAGUCCAUGCCCAAAUGCUGAAACUGGGCCUCCAUUGUGACUCCUUCUGUUCAAACAAUCUUGUGGCCUCUUGUGCUCUUUCGAAUUGGGGCAGCAUGGAUUAUGCCUGCUCUAUUUUCCGGCAAAUCGAGGACCCGGAUACUUUUGUGUUCAACACCAUGAUCAGAGGGCAUGCCAAGGAUGCGAGCUUUGAGGAAGCUUUCCUUCUUUAUUAUGAGAUGUUUGAUAGAGGAAUUGAACCUGACAAUUUCACUUACCCGGCUCUUCUCAAGGCAUGUGCCCGGAGACGGGCACUUGAGAAAGGGAUGCAAAUCCAUGGACAUAUAUUCAAACUUGGACUUGAAGUUGAUGUCUUUGUGCAGAACAGCUUAAUCAGCAUGUAUGGAAAAUGUGGGAAGAUAGAGCUUGCUUGUGAUGUUUUUGAGUUAAUGGAUCAGAAGACUGUUGCCUCUUGGAGUGCUAUUAUUGGAGCUCAUGCUAGUUUGGGUUUAUGGUGUGAGUGCUUGAUGCUUUUUGGGGAAAUGAAUCGUGAGGGAUGUUGGAGGGCUGAAGAAAGCAUAUUAGUCAGUGUGCUUUCCGCCUGCACUCGUUUGGGUUCUUUUGAUUUGGGAAGGUGCACGCAUGGGUCCUUGUUGAGGAACAUUAGUGGAAUCAAUGUUAUAGUAGAAACUUCUUUGCUAGACAUGUAUGUAAAAAGUGGGUGCUUAGAGAAAGGGUUGAGUAUCUUUCAAAACAUGGCCAAGAAGAACCAAUUCUCCUACACUGUGAUGAUCUCGGGGCUCGCCAUGCACGGACGCAGUAGGGAAGCUCUAAAAGUUUUCUCGGAAAUGCUUGAAGAAGGUAUGGUACCGGAUGAUGUUGUUUAUGUGGGAGUGUUGAGUGCUUGUAGUCAUGCUGGUCUUGUCAAGGAGGGUCUUCAAUGUUUUGACAGGAUGAAAUACGAGCAUGGGAUUGAUCCGACAAGUCAACAUUAUGGUUGUCUGGUCGACCUCAUGGGGCAAGCUGGGAUGCUCAAUGAAGCAUCCGAGCUUAUCAACAGCAUGCCCAUUGAGCCGAAUGAUGUUGUGUGGCGGAGCCUGCUUAGUGCAUGCAAAGUUCAUCAUAACUUGGCACUAGGGGAGAUUGCAGCUAAGAACCUGGGCCAAUUGAAGUCACAGAAUCCCAGUGAUUAUGUGAUACUAUCCAAUAUGUAUGCGCGAGCACAAAGGUGGGAGGAUGUGGCUAGAAUCCGGACAGAAAUGGUUGAUAAGGGCAUUGAGCAGAAGCCGGGGUGCAGCCUAGUUGAGGUGAAGAGAAAAGUCCAUAAGUUUGUUUCCCAAGAUAUGUCUCAUCCUCAAUGUCAUGGCAUUCACGAGAUGAUCCACCAGAUGGAAUGGCAGCUGAAGUUUGAAGGCUAUUCCCCAGACACAUCACAGGUGUUGCUUAAGGCGGAUGAAGAAGAGAAGAGGGAGAGAUUGAAAGCUCAUAGCCAAAAAUUGGCAAUUGCUUUUGCACUCAUACAUACAUCUUGGGGGUCUCCCAUUCGGAUAGCUAGGAAUCUCAGGAUGUGUAGUGACUGUCACACAUACACUAAAUAUAUUUCAAUGAUUUAUGAACGAGAGAUUACUGUAAGAGACCGUUAUAGGUUCCACCAUUUCAAGAAUGGAACUUGUUCUUGUAGUGAUUACUGGUGAAAUUGAUUAUUUUUCCUGCCCCA